UUCAAAAAAAAAAAAUCUCUCUGUCAAAAUCAUAACCCCACAGAAAAUGCCCCCGGCGACCCCUCAAUCCACCGCCGCCACCACCGCCAUCACCACCGCCGCCGCUUCUACCGCCAAUUACCGCCCAGGAACCUCCAAUUCUAACCUAAACCCUAACAAAGUUGACCUAAAAAACCCUUACAAUUUCAACAGAGCAACCAAUUCGCGUCUUCUUUCUGUUGAUACCGAUAUGCCCGACCCGAAUUCCUCGACCGGAAAUGCUGCCGGCCGGCCCUCUUCUUCGAAUGCCUUGAUCAAAAUUGACGGAUGGGAGGAGGAUGCUGUUCUGUCCCGAUCCAAGCAUUUGCAUCGAGUGGAAGUUUACAAAAGGAGGAAUCGACGGGGUAAGCAACUCCAGCGUAUAUACAGAGAUUGUUACUGGUCGUUAAUGGAGGAAGUCAAGCUCAAGCAUAGAGAGUAUUGCUGGAAGUUUGGAAUGAGUGCUUUUCAGGAAGAUGAGGAUAAGAAUAAUAAGGAUGGUACUGCAGGAACUGGAGAGAACAACGGGAAUGCGGUUACCAGUAAUACUUGUGGGGUUCAUGGCUGUAAGUCGAAGGCGAUGGCGCUUACGAGGUUCUGUCAUAUGCAUAUAUUGUCAGAUUCCAAGCAGAAGCUGUACAAGGCUUGCAGUUUUGCCAUCAAAAGGAUAACCCACAGGAGACUCUGUCUUCUCUGUUUUCCCCAUCGGCCCAUCCGUACUUCAGUGAAAUGCAGGAUGAGAAUCCAGACAGCCAUUUUGAAACUAAAUAAUUCCUUUUUAUAGAUAUAUGCAGCACGAAUCUAAUGCUUUGGAGUCAUGAUUAGGUGUAGAAGUACUCAUUUCACUUGCUAGCUUCUGUAGUUGGAAGACUAUUAGAUUCACUUUCUAAAAUCAAAUCCAAGUGACAGGUGUAAACAUAAAGAAUCAUACUAAACUUUACAUUGUACAAGCAAUGGUAUUUACUAUAAAGCUGGAGCUAGGCCUGUAACAGUGUUCUCUCUCUCUUCCAAUACGUAGACCACUGUGGGUGAGUGGCCUGUUGUUGGGUUGCUUGCAUUGAGGCAAGGUGCUUCAGUGUGUUAGUCUUGUUACUAUGGGUGACCGACAUAAUCUAUUUGCUGAGCUGGCUCUUAAUUGUGUGGUGUCUGCUGGCUGGUAAGUUGGUCCAUCAGUGGGGCACUGGUGUUAAUGGUGGGGGCACAGGUACAUUAGGAACAUGUGGUGCUCUAAUGUUUUGGUUGCUUGCACACUGAGGCACAGCUGAAUGUGCACUUGUGUUAUGAGUCAUGGAGUAUAACAGCUGUGACAGUCCUCUUUUCUUGUAUAUAGUCUUUACGUGUAACGUAUAUUCUUUGCUUCAUGGUUUAGUUUUGGCAUCCCAUGAGCAGAGUUUUCACUCAAAUUGUUUGUUCUUCUCGUAGUAGCUAACUUGCAAUGUUUUGCUGUAAUCACUAUCUGCAUGUGGAUGCAUUCUUGUUUCUCUCAUUUCAUAGAAGUAACAGCUGAUGCUGAGAUUUUCAUGAGUUCAGAUUUUGUGGAUUCUAAUCGUAAAGCAUUAGGAGAUAUCUUAUUACUAGUUAGAGAGUUAAGAUAGUGUUACUUAUCG